AUGGCAGCCAGUCCGAAGGGGAGGCAGAAUGCAACAAAAGAAGAGGCAGAACCACAGCCACAUCCAGAUUCAUGCGUUGCAAAAGCCAACAAUCCUCACCAAAACUGUCGUCGUCUUCUUCCGGCACCACUCGACUUGCCCGUGAAUGUGCGUGUCUGCACUCAAAAGUCGACGCUCAAGCACAAUCUAGCGCAUGCAGACUCAGACGCACAGGUCGAAGCGCAACGACCGAGCACCGCAAAUGCAAACGCAAAUGCGAAUGCGUUUGCGUUGAAACGCGAGGACCACACAGGGUUUUGGACCGCAGCAAUCCAAUGGACGGGGAGGGUGAUGGAUUGGCCGUGCGUGUACGUGUAA